AUGGUCCUGGUUCUAGUCAUCCUCAUCCCGGUUCUGGUCAACUCAGCGGGGACGGCGGCGCACUAUGAGAUGCUCGGCACCUGCAGGAUGGUGUGCGACCCGUACGGAACCAAACCCCCCACCAGCACGGCCUCAUCGGACCCGGCCCGAGACAACGGUCUCGUGCAGUCUUUACCCACUUUUAUCCAAGGUCCAAAAGGGGAACCGGGUCGUCCGGGUAAGGCAGGACCGAGGGGACCUCCCGGUGAGCCGGGGCAUCCCGGUCCAGCGGGGCCAUCUGGAGACCGAGGGGAGCCGGGCAGACCCGGGUUACCGGGACCCCCGGGGUCCGGUGGAGCUGCAGGGGCGAUUAGCGCGGCCACCUACAGCACCAUGCCAAAGAUCGCCUUUUUCGCAGGGCUCAAAAAGCAGCACGAGGGCUACGAAGUGCUCAAGUUUGACGAUGUGGUGACCAACCUGGGAAACCAUUACGACCCCAACGCGGGGAAGUUCACGUGCUCCAUCCCCGGGAUUUAUUUCUUCACUUACCACGUCCUGAUGCGCGGAGGAGACGGAACCAGCAUGUGGGCAGAUCUGUGCAAAAACAACCAGGUAACAAGCUGA